AUGUCACAUCAAGAGGCCAUAAAGGCUAAUAUCAAGGCAUUUGCCGCUGCAGAUGCUUAUGAUUCCAGGGAAUGUAUGCAGGUUCUUAGUAUGCUUGCCGCUAAAACCAUUGUAACUCAUGAUGUAUCCAUCAUUGAGACCCAACCAAGUACCACCGUAUACGGUAACCCUGAAGAAUUCCAAAGUGGGAUUAGUUUAGAAAACCUUAUUGGAAAGUCUGAAAUUAAAGAAACAUUUGAUGGUAAAAAGGUUAUGGAUUUUGCCUGUGGUACUGGACUUGUUACGGAAAAAUUAACACAUUUUUUGGAUAACAAUAAAGAAUCUACUGAAAUUGUUGGAAUUGAUAUUAAUCAACAAUUUUUAAAUUCAUUCAAUGAAAAGGCAACCAAAUUAAGUAACGAUAAAUUGACCAUAACCAGUGAAUUAUGUGACAUCUUGGAUCCUGAAAGACAACUGGAAAUUGAUUCUAAAUAUGGAGAACAAUUUGAUGCGAUUUUUUGUAGUGUUUCAUAUCAUCAUCUUGAAGAUUAUGUAAGAGUUACCAAGAAAUUAGUUACAUUUCUUAAGAAGGGUACCGGAGUAUUGUAUAUCCUUGAUUUUUAUAACGAAGAUGUUGAGCGUGAAGCUAGUGAAACUAGUGCAGUUAGACACAUGGGAGGGUUAAAAGUGGAAGCAUUGACAAAAUGUUUCCAAUCAGCAGGACUUGGUCAACUUUCAAUUGCAAAGGAAUUUGCCGUUAAAACUUGGCAAUUGGGAAAUUUUAUAGAGAAUCAUUGUAGACAAGAGACAAUUGAUAGAUUUAAUAAUGGUACUCUUGAGAAGAAAAGUUCAUCGUUAGGGGACGUUUAUUCCAUUGAAAUUAGUGUUAUAUUAGCAGUUGGAGUUAGACCUAAAAAUGAUGGGUAG